ACCCCGCGAGAUUUACAGAUUGACUUGACGAUUUUGUCUGCAAACUCUUUGCCAAUUACCUGUAGUUAGGUAUCUCAAUCCCACGGUUCUUUGUUCUUGAUUGAAGCAGAUGCCCUUCAGUUGAUCGUUUUGGUGCCCCUCUCUAGGUGGGCCCCUGCUGUCCACGACCCCUGUCAAACGUUAUUUUGGGACGUCGACUCGACACCCCGCCAAGGUUCCUGUUUCUCGAGGUCGAAGUUGACGUUGAAAUCCGCUAGGACGAGCGCAUCGGUUCUGAGAAGACAGGAACACCGCCAACUGCUCGCGACGCAAGCUUGAUGACAACACUGUCAUAGCAGCUUGACUCGGACCCGGACUCGGAACCGACAGGGAGAUUGCACGGGGACUUGAGGGAGGAGGAAAGCAAGGCGACGGCAAGGGGAGAAAGAAUAAAAGAGAAAAUAGGAAUAUCUCACUCAGCCAUGUCUGUUCCCCCGACGCCGACGGCGGAAAUGGGCGCCGGGUUAGCUUUUAUCCCGCUCGUCUGCGUCGUCGACUUCCACCAUGCGCGCGGUCCCGAGGUAGAACGAUGGUUUGGUGUCGACGAGGGCCGCGAUCCGGCGGCCGAAUACGACUGGACCCUGCUGCCCUUCAUGGCCCUAAGCGACGGCGCACAUGCGCUCACCGAAGACUUCUCCUACUUCACCCUCCUGCGCCCGGCGACCGACUCGGCGCGCGCGACAUCCCUCUUCGGCAUCUCGUGCACGCGGCAGAUGGACGCCGCGCAGCUGCUCAACCGGCCCGCCGACGUGACGCGCUCGACCGUGCAGAAGGCCGUGGUGGUCAUCGCCGAUAGCCCACAGUACUUUGGCAUGCUGCGCGAGCGCCUGAGCGUCGUGACCAAGGCCUGGUUCUCGCAGCGCGAGUUUUCCGAUGUCGAUAUUCUCAGGCGCUUUCAGGAGAGCCUGGCCGACGAGAAGCGCAGGGGUCUGAUGCACGAGGACCAGGACAGGGACCAGUACCUCGGCCUGAGCCUGCGCGAGCUGGUGCGCGAGUUCAGAUGGCAGACGCUGUUACUGCUCAAGUGCUGUCUGCUGCAGCCGAAGAUGCUCUUUUUUGGCACGCGCUGCGAGCGCCUGUGUCUGACCCAGUUCUCCCUAGUAUCGUUAAUACCCGGGCUCCUGCGCAACCUGCAGGACUCGGCCGGCCCGGAGUUGGAUAGCUAUGAGAAGAGCCUUACCAUGCCAACGAGCUUGCGGACGAGUGACCGAAACUCACUGCUCUCCUACAUGGGCUUGCCGUUGCAAAUAUUCGGCAAGGGAAGCUUGUUCGGGCCAUACACCCCCUUGCAGCAACUCGACAUCCUCGCCGACUUUGGCACCAAGUCGUACAUCGUCGGCAGCACCAACUCGCUCCUCCUCCAGCAAAAAGAUCGCUACAGCGACAUCCUAAUCAACCUCGACGAGGGCACCAUUAACGUCACUUCACCCUCCCUCAAGGCCGCCCUGCAGCUCUCCACCCCCGACCGCCGCUGGAUCGACUUCAUCACCCAAAACGUCAACGACACGUGGGACGAGUCAAACCCCAGCCGGCCCAAGACCAUGGGCUACGUUGGCAGCGAGGAGUUCAUCCGCGUGCAGUUCGAGGAAUACCUCCUCUCGCUCAUCUCAGCCGUCAAGUACCGCGCCCACCUCGCCCGGCACGCCCAGAACCCGCGCAUUAUGCUGCUCCCCGAGGUUGACGGCGACCCGUCGCUCGACUUUGGCGCCGACUUCAUCGAAGCCUGGUCGCGCACCGAGAACUACCGCAUCUGGAACGCAAACACCGAUUCGCACCUAUUUGACAUUGUCGAGCCGAAGCACCCGUGCGCGGGCGGGCUCACCAUCGACGACAUUCAGCGGCGCAUCACACAGCAGGUGCAGGACCUGCACUGGGACGAGCGGUUUGCGCAGGGCAGGGAGGUGCUCGGGCGGAAUCUGGCUGCUGGCCGCGAGAAGGCCAGUACCCUGUUUAAUAAGCUGUAUACCGAUAUGGAGGCGCUGAGGGAAGCGCAGAGGAAGAGGAACGAGGAGGCUAGGGCGCAGCAGCAACAGCAGCAGCAACAACCGUCAGGGAGCAGCGGUGGAGGGAGUGAGAAGAAUGGCGGGACAGCAGUUGAUCUCGCCAAGGCGCAGCAGACGAUGCAAGCCGUGGGGAGCAAAGCCGGUGCGUUUGUCAACAGCUGGGCGGCCUGGGCCGGGGAGAAGCGGCGCGCGGCGUGGGGUGCCAAGUCUCCUACUGCUGGCAGCAAUGAUAGCAACCACAGCACCAGCAGCUCUCCCACUACCAGCACUGGCGGCGGCGCCGGCGGGGGGUGGGGUUCGGGUUGGGUCAAGAUCAACAACAACAAGAACCGAGCUUCCCAACCGCCGACUUCCCAGACGCGGACCAGCGGAUCGGACAACGGCAACCACCCGCCGAAUACAGUACAGACGCCAACUUCGUCUGGGGGCGGCAGGAGGACGGAGAGUGCCGGCGGUGCGGACGAGCAGCAGCCGCUGAAUAGGAGGGGGUCGGUGAGCGGCGAAUCGAUGCUCGAUGGCGCCGAGUCGGACAGUGUGCUGUCAUCGCCUGGGAAGGGGAGGACGCUGCCGGCGCCGGAGCCGGCGGCAUCAGCAGCGAACGGGGAGUCGGGAUCAGUACCUGUGCCGGGCGAGGAGACAAAUAAAGAUGGGAAUGGGGUCGCGGAUUCCCACCCAAGGCCAACUCCGGCCCCUCCGACGGGGUCAAGAAGGAAGAAUGAAGGUGAUUAUGGUGAUGGUGAUCCAGAGACGCAGUCGGAGCCGUCACGGAAGUUGGCUGACCCGGCUAAGAUGGCCCACUUGCAGGGGACUUGGAAUAAUAAGAGGACCGUGGGCCGAAGGGUGGAUUGAGGAUAGUUUUGCUUUAAGCUGGUGUGGCGGCGCAUCCGUGACGGUUAUGAGGUACCGGGAUGGGGCCAUGUACGAGAGGAAGAUUGGCAUCAUGUUGGGCGAGGCAGGGCGAGGCGGGUUGCUGGAUUGAUUCAUUGACUGUCUGGGCGAAUUGGUUUUGGAGAUACACACGAAUGCAUGGCGGCAGGGGAAUGGGAUCCAUGUGCCUUUAUCUCUAUCUUCAUUUUCCCAUUCCCUCUAUUUCACCUUCUUGAAACCAAUUUUCUGUUUUCUAUGUCCUGCUAUGUGCCACGCUAUGUAACAAUCAAACCCGGGU